CUGCAGCUGGGCCUGGAGGCCAUGGCUGUACAGCAGCAGUGAGAGCCGAGCUGUGGCGGGCCACAUGCUCUUCCCCUGACUCAGGGCUGCCGAGUUCCCUCCAGAGAGGCUGCUGACCUAUUUUUUUAUUGGGAACAACCAGCAAAUGUGAUAAUGAGGAAAAUGUAUACUGGCCCCUGUGAAGUUUAGUGAAGCCCGAAUGAAGUGGAGGAGGCCACGGAGAUGCACGAGGAAGAGCAUUCCAGGCAGAGGGAGCAGCAAGGACAAAAGCCCCCGGGCAGGAAUGGGUGUGCAAGCCUGAGAUCCAACAUGGCGGAGAGCAAGCCGGAAGUGCUGCGCGGGGAUCCUAAGGGAGCGCUGAACAAGACAAGCUCAGUUUUGUCUCUCAAACCCCCACAAUCAGUGUCUUCCAGCCCCCUCGUUUCUGAUGAGAAGUUAGCAGCCAUUCCAGGCUUAUCCUUCUGUGUCUGGAACUGGUGGGUUCUUGGUCUCAUUGACUUCAAGAAUGAAGCCAUGGACCCUUGCACUAUUUUACGUAAGGAAAGUGGGUGGUGAUUAACCUCAGAGUCUCCAGGGACAGACUAUCCAGGACUGUGCCUGAAAUAGAAGAGGAAUUAACAUCAUACAGAACUGAAUACGGUGACUGAGGGGAGUUUGUGUCUCCCCUUUUAGGAAAGAAGAUGAGAACAUGUAUGAAGAAGAGUCAUGUACUGUAUAUUAAGCAAAAGCAUUAUGCUGUUGUUUGAAAAGUUAAUUAGAGGUGCCCACUAAAAACUGCUCAGCAAUUUUCUUGGAGACCUCAGUACUCAUGUUAUUCUUUCCUCUAUCUUAUAUUUUCCUCUCUCCUGCCCUUUUCAGAAAGAGUCUACAGC